AUGGCCGCCACCACCACCCUCACAGUCCCCCACCUCGGCGGCAUCGACGUCGGCUACCGCCUGACCAACAACCGCUACGACCCCACCAAGCCGACCGUGGUGCUUCUCAAUUCCAUGUGCAUGACCGUGUCCCUUUACGACCCCCAAUUCAACGACGAAACCCUCACCAAUGCAGCCAAUCUCCUCGCCAUCGAACCCCUCGGCCAUGGCGCCACGCACUGCCAUGUCGCGGAGCACUUUACCUACUGGGACACGGCGAUCAUGGCGCUCCAAACGAUGGAUAAACUCGGGAUUGAGAAAGCGUUUGCGCUGGGAACAAGUCAGGGCGGGUGGAUGGUGGUGAGGAUGGCGUUGUUGGCGCCGGAGAGGAUCCUCGGCCUCCUCCCCCUCGGCACCUCCAUGGACUACGAAUCCACCGACUCCCGCACCAAGGGCUGCUGGGAUCCCGUGACGCUGCUGACCCCAUUUCUCGAAAAAUGGAGCAGUCCAACCCCCACCCCCGACUUCAUCGUCGACGACAUCUGGUGCGGCAUGGUCGGAGGGAUCGGAUUCGGGAAGAAUGCGACCGAGGAGACGGUCGGGUUUUGGAAGCGCACGCUGCAAGAAGUAUACAAGGGCGAUGAAGGACGGAAGAAAGUGCGCAUGGCACUCAUGUGUUUGUUGACGCGCGAUGGAUUGCUUCUAAGACUAGGGGAUGUCAAGUGUCCGGUGUAUUGGCUGCAGGGCACGGAAGAUACCCCAUUCCAGACGACCGUGGCGGGCGAGCAGAUCCUGCGAUUCACGGGGUCAGAGGAGGCGAAAUUAGAACUGGUGGCCGAAGGCGCACAUUAUCUGAAUGCGACGAACGCGCGGGAAGUCAAUGCCGCGGUGUUAGCGAUGGUGCAGAAAUACGGGGCGUAG